UUACCUGGUAAUCUGUGCACCCAUCUGCUGUUACAGCCAUCUACCACAUCUACUCUACUCCAAUAUGCUACUUCCCCACUAACUGCUGUCACCCACCUCUUGUAAUGACCAUGCUGGUGUCUCCUCAGGCAGAGAGGAACUGGGAGAGUCUCUGCUCAGUGCUUGAGGAUGUGUUGGAGGAUCAGUCACACAGGCAGCUGUUUGCCUUAGAGCUGGGCUCUGGAACUGGACAACAUGUUAUACGGUUUGCCCAGAAGAUUCCCUUUGUCACCUGGCAGCCAUCUGACAUCAAAGAAGAGUCUCGGGAAAGUAUCAAGGCAUAUAUUACUGCCACUCAAGCAAAGACUGUGAUGCAACCCAUCCACUUAGAUGCCAGCGAACCUUGGGAGAAAUGGGCAGGUCUUUCUCGCAGCUCCUACGAUGUUAUCAUUGCCAUAAACUUGCUGCAGUAUAGCUCCUUUAAAACUGCACAGGGAGUUUUUAGUGGAGCAGGAGAAAUCCUCAAACAAAAUGGCCUUUUGAUAACAUACGGGGUGUAUGCUGUUAAUGGCAUCAUUACACCAAGCUGUAAUGAAUACCUGGAUGAAGAGCUUCGAAAAUUGAAUCCAGACUGGGGUCUUCCAGAUAUCGAUGUGCUCAGACAGCAGGCCUACGGGAACGGACUGCGUCUAGAGAGGAUGAUUGAGAUGGAAGGCUACUACAAAUGCCUUGUCUUCAGAAAACUCUAAGAUGUCAUUACUGCAUCAUGUCUCCAUACUUUCUGGGAUUGCAGAGAUCAUCUUGAAAAUGAGA